AUGGCGCCCAAAUUACCCUGCUUCCUCGCUCUGCUCCUCCUCCUGUCCUCCUCCGCCGCCGCGGCGGAACGGCUGCAUCCACAGUGGGCAGCGGGUUGCUGGAACGAGAUCUGCCAGGUCCCCGACUGCCUAUUCAGCAUUCUCAAGGCCUUCCUCCCCAAAACCGGCGGCGGAUCGCCCAUCGACGCCGUCAGUGUGCCCUGUUGCUCUGCUUUCCUGACGCUGACAGAGGAUUGUCAGGUGGAGAUUUUCCAGAACAGCUCUGUUAUUACCUUGAUCCAGACCUUCUGCUCCGCCGUCGUGCCGCCGCCUGUGGCUCCUGGGCCUGGGACCGGUGGCGACAUGCCGUGGCCCUGGCCCAGCACUCCGGUCGCCCCUGGCCCUGGAAACGACGGAGACAUGCCGUGGCCGGGGGCUCCGGCGGCGGGCCCUGCAUCUGGUGGUGAUGAAGCUGAUGCGGAUUCAACUUGGCCCACUGUUCGUUUUGUUUAG